GGUACAUAAUCCAAAGCCAAGGAAGUGUGUCUGCUGCUUCCAGAGUCCAGACAAACAAGGAGGAGCCGACUGACGACUGUCCAUCCCACACGGAAAGCCACGUCGGGUCCCGAUCGAUCUUGUGUUGAUUGUGAUAUGAAUAUUCAUACGAUGAUUUCACACCAAAUCCCGAGGCCCAUCGCUAUCAAUCCUGCAGUCAUUCUCUUCCGACAUUAAACUAUGCGAAAACGGAAACAAAGACGAAGCGGGGUGCAUGUUUUGAGGGAGCGGAUUCAAGCGAUAGCAACAAGAAACAUUAGAAAUCCCCUGUUCACACGUAUACACAUGGAGAGGAUGAUUCCAAUCUUGGUCGCUCUUUGUUUCCGGAUGCAUCGCCUUUUGUCCGUUUGCUACUUAAUUCGGCCCAAUCGCGGCUUGAUUUCACCCGCCGUUGUUUAUAUUCCGCAGAACCUAAAUCAGACCUUGGCUCAUUCCCUCUUUCUCCCUUGCCUAAUCCAUGGAUCAUCAUCACAAUCCGAGUCCUGGAUUCAACGUUGCUCCUGAGUUUAAGGAGACUUGGCGACAUACAGUCCUUCUUUCAUUCCAAAGCCUUGGAGUAAUCUAUGGUCACCUUAGUAUUGCUCCCUUAUUCGUAUUUGGAACCCUUUCUGCUGAGGACAUCAAAUCAGAUGAUAUGAUAUAUGAGCUUUUUUCCUUUAUCUUCUGGACUCUAACCAUCAUUCCUUUACUGAAGCAUGCCUUGAUAGUAUUGAGGGCUGAUGAUGAUGGAGAGGGCGGGACUUUUGCACUGUACUCACUGCUCUGCAGGCAUGCUGGAGUGGGUUUACUUCCAAAUGAUCAAAGUGUAAAUGAUAUUCUGCAAACUGAGGAGCAAAGCCAUCCUAAAGUUAAGAGGAAAUCAAGAGCUAGAAAAGCCAUUGAAAAACAUAAGAGUAGUCACUAUUUCAUGCUGGUCCUUGCUCUGGUUGGUUCUUGCUUGACAAUUGGUGAUGGUGUUCUCACUCCAGCUUUAUCUGUACUGUCAGCUUCAUCUGGUCUUGGACGAUCACUGGCAGAUUUCUCAUGUCUAUUUCCCAUUUCAGAAAAAAGAAGAGACCAUGUUGAAAAGAUUUUGAAGAAAGAUGUACCUGUGCCCACUGCAUGUGCUAUAUUGGUCUGCCUUUUCACACUGCAACGUUAUGGGAGCCAUAAACUUGGGUUUUUAUUUGCUCCAGUUGUCAUUAUAUGGCUCUUAUUCAUCACUGUAAUUGGUCUUUAUAAUAUAUUCAUUCAUUUUGAGCCCCGAAUUAUAUAUGCAAUCUCUCCAAUAUACAUGUUCAAGUUUAUAAGAAGCCUCAAAACCAGAAGUUGGGGAUUUUUAUCCAGUAUCCUCCUCUGCAUGGCAGGAUCAGAAACAAUGUUUACAGAUCUAGGCCAUUUCUCCAAACGAUCUAUCAGGGUUACUUUUGUCUGCCUAAUUUAUCCAGUUCUCCUUUUGUGUUAUGCUGGUCAAGCAGCAUUUAUCUCCAAGCACUUUGAUGUUUCCAAGGACAGUGUCCAUCUCAGUGAAGCCAUACCUAACAGAACUAUUCGCCAUGUCUUCCGCAUAUUCUCCUUGUUUGCUUCUGUUGUAGGAAGCCAAGCAACCAUUACUGCGAGUUUUUCCAUUAUAAACCAAUGUGUGGGACUUGAUUGCUUUCCCCGAGUUAAAGUCAUCCAUACAUCUGACAAGAUAUACGGACAGGUCUACAUUCCGGAUGUCAACUGGAUAUUGAUGGUCCUCAGUCUUAUUGCGACACUUGGUUUCCGUGACAUGAAACUGAUUGGAAAUGCAACAGGUCUAGCUAUAAUCUCUUCAAUGCUAAUAACAACUUGCUUGAUGUCACUCGUAAUAGCACUUUACUGGGAGAAGAGCUUAUUUCUAUCUGCAUGCUUUCUAGUGUUCUUUGGGUUGAUUGAAGUCAUGUAUCUGUUAGCAUCUUUGUUGAAUUUUCAUGAGGGAACCUGGUACUUAGUUGUCCUUAUGGUGAUUUUCAUGACAAUCAUGCUUGCCUGGCACUAUGGCACACUGAAGAAGCACGAGUUUGAUUUACAGAACAAAGUAUACUUUGAUUGGCUUGCAGACCUUAGCCCUGGUUUAGAAGUUUCCAGAGUACCAGGAAUUGGUUUUAUCUAUACAGAUGUAUUAACCGGAAUCCCAGCUUUCUUCUCCCAUUUUAUUACAAAUCUUCCUGCAUAUCAUCAAGUACUUAUUUUCCUGUCCUUCAAGUCUUUACCAGUGCCUCAUAUCCCCCCCUGCCAGAGGUAUCUUAUUGGUAGGGUUGGGCCAAAAGAAUAUAAGAUUUAUCGAUGCAUUGUAAGGUACGGAUAUUGUGAUAGUGUAAGGGACACUGAUGAUUUUGAGGAACAUAUUAUUCAUUCAAUUGGCGAAUUUAUUUUUCGGGGAGAAGCUGAUGUUGAAGCAUUGAGUUCCCCUGAAGGAAAGAUGAUUAUUGUCGGAAGCCAAAUGGCUGAUGGAACUGCUUUGAUUCCUCUAGGUGGGACCAUAACAAGUGCUGGUCCUGCAAGCUCACCAAACACUCAGAUUGGGACACGUUCCUCAGGUGAUUCAUCAAGGAGUGUUUCUGCUCCUAUCAGGAGGAAAAAGGUUCGGUUUACUUUGCCUCCAAGUAGCCCUAGAAUGCGUCUUUCUGUUAGGGAGGAACUCCAAGGACUCAUAGAUGCCAGGGAAAGUGGCACCGCGUAUUUCUUGGGCCAGUUGCAUUUUCAAGUUUGUGGGUCAUCUAAUUUUCUCAAGAAAUUUCUCAUCAUGACCUAUGUUUUUCUUGACAAAAAUUGUCGAGAGCCCCCGGUGGCAUUGAACAUCCCCCAUGCUGCUCUUCUGGAGGUUGGUAUGGUCUACAAAAUAUAAAGUAUGCACUGUAUUUCGUUUUCUAAAUACAAAUAUAUAUAUAUAUUGUCUGGCUUCUGCAAAAUCAAGUAAAUUUACAUGUAUUGUGUAUGAUGAUGCAUGUUCAUCAAUUAAGGAAUUUUUACCGGACCCCUUGUUUGCUACCAGCCUACCUAUGGUACGAUAACUUAAAGAAUUUAUACCAUACCAUGAUCGUCUAAAAUUUGAUUCUCUCUCUUUUACUCCAUUUCUCACAAUAUACUUGGAGAAAAUCUGUAUGGAUGUCUGAUGUUCUCUGCAUGAAAUGUGUAUCAGAAGUAUGUUUUCCCAGGAUCAUCAAAAGUUCCUCAUGUUUCUGCCAAUAACUCUGUGGUUUGAAUGUUGCUUCUCUAUAUAUCUUUCCAUUCUACAAUGUGAGUUGUAUUUCCUCCUUACCCUCCAUGCUUUAAAUUAAUUGUUGUGACCUAAAUUUUCUUCCUAACAUCUUAAACUGAGUUACAUGUGGCAUUGUUACAGGGUAGCCUAGUUCUUUUUUCUUUUUUUCCUUUCAAAAGUUGGUAACAAAAUAUGUAUGUUAUGACAUCAUUCACAAUAUUAAAUGUUCUAUUACGCAUGCAUUAUGUUACAGUGUUAUGGUAAGCUAUAAGUUGCUCAUAACCUAAACUUUUUUGAGGAACUCUGAUUCAUGCUUAGAAAGUAGGAGAUUU